CAAGGUGCUGCCUCCGCCCAGAACUGGCCCAGGCUUGGAGCUCCAUCCACGCCCACAGGUGCCCCCAGGAGGGCAGAGGCCCUCUUACCAUUUGCCAUUAGGGCGUGCCCCAUUUCUGUCUAUCAGGGAGGUUCCCAGGAAAGCAGGUGGAGGCCAAGGGCCACUCAGCCCAUUGCCCUGCGCUGGCUCUUUUUGACCAGCACCCACACUCUUCCUCCCACCCUCUGCUGGCCAUGCCUCACCUCUACCGGGCCCCCGGGCCUCAGGAGCCCCCCACCCCCAAGGAUGCCCGCAUCACCCACUCCUCUGGCCAGAGCUUCGAGGAGCUGAGGCGGGCGUGCCUGCAGAAGGGCGUCCUGUUUGAGGACACAGACUUCCCAGCUGAUAGCUCGUCUCUCUUCUACAGCGAGAGGCCCCAGAUCCCUUUCGUUUGGAAACGGCCAGGGGAAAUAGUGAAAAACCCAGAAUUCAUCCUUGGAGGGGCCACAAGGACGGAUAUUUGCCAGGGGGAGCUUGGGGACUGCUGGCUCUUGGCUGCCAUUGCCUCCCUUACACUUAAUGAAAAAGCACUGGCUCGCGUUGUCCCCCACAACCAAAGCUUUGGCCCCGGUUAUGCUGGGAUAUUCCAUUUCCAGUUCUGGCAGCACAGCGAGUGGCUGGAUGUGGUGAUCGACGACCGGCUGCCCACCUUCAGAGACCGCCUUGUCUUCCUGCACUCGGCCGACCACAACGAGUUCUGGAGCGCCCUGCUGGAGAAAGCCUACGCCAAGCUGAACGGGAGCUACGAGGCCCUGAAGGGGGGCAGUGCCAUCGAGGCCAUGGAAGACUUCACUGGGGGUGUGGCAGAGACCUUCACGACCAAAGAGGCUCCAGGGAACUUCUAUGAGAUUCUAGAGAAGGCCUUGACGAGGGGCUCGCUGGUGGGCUGCUCCAUUGAUAUCAGAAAUGCUGCAGAGUCUGAAGCCCGGACGCCUUUUGGCCUCAUUAAGGGUCAUGCCUACACAGUGACAGGGGUGGACCAGGUAAACAUCCGAGGCCAGAAAGUCGAGCUCAUCAGAGUCCGGAAUCCUUGGGGCCAGGUCGAGUGGACCGGGUCCUGGAGCGACAGCUCCUCUGAGUGGCGCUCCGUUGGCCCAGCUGAGCAGAAGCGCCUGUGUCACACGGCUCUGGACGACGGGGAGUUUUGGAUGGCAUUCAGGGACUUCCGGGCCCACUUUGACAAGGUGGAGGUCUGCAAUCUCACCCCUGAUGCCCUGGAGGAGGAUGCUGUCCACAAGUGGGAGGUGACAGUCCAUCAGGGAAGCUGGGUGCGGGGCUCCACGGCUGGCGGCUGCCGCAACUUCCUGGACACCUUUUGGACCAACCCACAAAUAAAACUGUCCCUGACUGAGAAGGACGAGGGGCAGGAGGAAUGCACUUUCCUUGUAGCCCUGAUGCAGAAAGAUCGAAGGAAGCUCAAGAGGUUUGGUGCCAAUGUGUUGACCAUCGGCUAUGCCAUUUACCAGUGUCCUGGCCAAGAAGGACACCUGAAUAAGGAUUUCUUCAGAUACCACGCCUCACAGGCCAGAAGCAAAACCUUCAUCAACCUGCGAGAAGUCUCCGACCGGUUCAGGCUGCCCCCCGGGGACUACAUCCUGAUUCCCAGCACCUUCGAGCCCCAUCAGGAAGCUGAUUUCUGCCUAAGGAUCUUCUCAGAGAAAAAAGCCAUUACCCGGGACAUGGAUGGAAGUGUAGACAUCGACCUUCCUGAGCCUCCAAAGCCCACAGCCCCUGGCCAGGAGACGGAGGAGGAACGGCAGUUCCAGGCCCUGUUUAAACAAGUUGCCGGUGAGGACAUGGAAGUGACAGCUGAGGAGCUCAAAUAUGUUUUAAAUGCUGUGCUGCAAAAGAAAAAAGACAUCAAAUUCAAGGAGCUCAGCCUGAUUUCCUGUAAAAACAUCAUUUCUCUAAUGGACACCAGCGGCAAUGGGAAGCUAGAGUUUAGUGAAUUCAAAGUGUUCUGGGACAAGCUGAAGAAGUGGAUGAGCCUUUUCCUACAGUUCGAUGCUGACAAAUCGGGCACCAUGUCCUCCUACGAGCUGCGGAGCGCCCUGAAAGCCGCAGGCUUCCAGCUCAGCAGCCCCCUCCUGCAGCUGAUUGUCCUCAGAUAUGCGGACCCGGAGCUCCAGCUGGGCUUCGACGACUUCCUCAACUGCCUGGUCCGGCUGGAGAAUGCGAGCCGGAUGUUCCAGGCUCUCAGUACGAAGAACAAGGAGUUCAUUCAUCUCAACAUAAACGAGUUCAUCGUCUUGACAAUGAACAUUUGAGGCCUCCCUGGUGGGGAUGCGGCCUGUCCCGAGGAGUCUUGGUUGGACCGUGACCGUCAGAAUAUCUCCUGAUAUAGAGCCGUCAUGCCUGCCUGGGGGCUCUCCACCUGCCACUCCCACACUCCUCACCCCUACCCCAUCCUCCCCACUCUGGUGUCCCCCCACCCUCCAGCCCUCUGGCUCCCCCCCCACCCCAUUCUUGGAAGAAUGAAAUGCACUCAGCUUGAUCUCUGAGUUUUAUGCUCCUUCUUUGUAAAAUCACUGUCCU